AUGAGUUUCCAGCGUGGUGGAAGAGACGGCAAUUCGUUUGCUAAGAAUCUGCCGUUUGGACUUAGCUACAACGAUGUGGGCGUCAACGAGAACACGGAACUUCCGACCAUACCGCUUCCUCUCAAUGGGAUAAUUUCGGCCAAAGAACGAACUACAUCUGUUCAAUACAUGAACUUUGUUGCCGCGGUUCGUGGAGGUCCGUUUUACACUGGGUCCAUGGCACUUUCGGUCGACGGUCAAGGCAAGCAUCAGAAGUUGGUGGAUGAAGACGGACUUAACGAUGGCAUUGAACGCUACUCAGAUCGCUACCUGAAAAAACGCAAGAUCGGCGUCUCGAUCGAUGAGCAUCCGUUCCAUUUGGAAUUCUUCCCAAACGAGCUCUAUCAAGUGAUGGGGAUUAACAAAAAAAGCUAUUGGCUCUUUCGCAGCUCAACAAGCGGUCCGAUGUGUUUACAGGGUCUGGAGCUAAGGACGAUGAUGCCGAAGGUUUGUCAAUGUUAG